CUUCAUCCAACCUCAUUGUUUUGAGCAUCAACUUCAAUCACGACCACAUGUUCAUUGGAUAUCCUUAAUUGAUUUGUAUUAUUCGGCGCUGUGGCUCGUCUAUUCGAGCCCAUCGCUUGUCCGAUACUACUAUUGCUGGUGCUUGCGGCGACGCCAGCGCGCUGACUUAACCAAAUCUUAACCUGUCGCGCGCGCUACUAGCUACCCAAGUAGCAUAGUAAGCCAUGGCUACCAUAACCGCUACAGUGACGACGACAUUGCUGUCUACCGUCACUACUACUACGAGCGCCGCCGCUGCUACCACCACCGGCCCUGCUCCUCAAGGAGGCAUCUUGGAAGGUGUUUUGCCAAAUACUUUCAGCACCUCCAACCCCAUCCAGCUUUUCAUUAUUCAGGCUGGUAUCAUUAUUAUUCUAUGCCGCCUUCUUCACUAUCCUCUGUCACUCCUGGGACAACCCCGCGUCAUCGCCGAGGUCAUUGGCGGUAUUCUCUUGGGUCCUUCUGUCCUGGCGCGCAUCCCGGGUUUUACAAAUGACAUCUUCCCGACGGCUUCUAUGCCGGUGUUAAACAAUGUCGCCAAUCUUGGUCUAGUCUUGUUCCUCUUCCUCAUCGGUCUCGAGGUCGAUAUACGCCUAUUCACCUCCAAUUGGCGCGUCGCCUUGACUGUUGGCUUAGCUGGCAUGAUCCUGCCCUUUGGGCUUGGUUGUGCCAUUGCUUGGGGAUUGUAUAACCAAUUCCACAACGAUCCCAACACUGUCGAAAUCGAUUUCGGCGUCUAUGCUCUCUUUAUUGGUACCGCCAUUGCUAUCACCGCCUUCCCUGUUCUCUGUCGAAUCCUGUCCGAGCUCAAUUUACUGGGCACUCCCGUCGGUGUUACCGUCCUGGCUGCUGGCGUUGGCAACGAUGUUGUCGGUUGGAUCCUUCUGGCACUUUGUGUCGCGUUAGUCAAUAAUGGCUCUGGUUUGACCGCGCUUUGGGUUCUCCUUGUUGCUGUUGGCUGGGUUCUGUUCCUGGUUUUUGCCAUUAAACCUGUGUUCCAUUGGGCUUUGAGGAGGACAGGCAGCAUUCAAAAUGGUCCAACUCAGGGCAUGAUUGCUGUUACGAUUUUGCUAGUCCUUACUUCCUCUUGGUUUACAAGCAUUAUCGGCGUGCACGCCAUUUUUGGCGCCUUCUUAGUUGGCCUGAUCUGCCCACACGAUGGCGGGUUUGCUAUCCACGUAACCGAGAAAAUUGAAGAUCUCGUGACAGUCCUCUUCCUGCCCCUUUACUUCGCCUUGUCUGGUCUAAGCACAAACCUUGGUCUCCUGAACGAUGGGAUUACCUGGGGCUAUGUUAUCGGAGUCAUUGUUGUGGCAUUCUCGGGUAAGAUCAUCGGUGGUACACUGGCAGCUAGGGCAACCAAACUCGUCUGGAGGGAAAGUCUCACCAUUGGAGUACUAAUGAGUUGCAAGGGUUUGGUGGAACUGAUCGUAUUGAAUAUUGGCCUCCAGGCGAGAAUCCUAUCACAAAGAACCUUCACCAUAUUUGUUGUCAUGGCUCUAGUCACCACGGUUGCUACAACACCCCUGACAAAAUUGCUGUACCCUCCGUGGUACCAAAAGAAGCUUGACCAAUGGAAACGAGGCGAAAUAGAUUGGGAUGGAAAGCCAUUGGAGGGCUCUAAUCAAUCCACAUCUCUCUCCCAAAUACAAGAUACGGGCAUACGUCGUCUCCUGGUUUAUCUUCGUUUGGAUAGCUUGCCUAGUCUUUUCACAUUUAUCUCUCUUCUAGGCGAUGAAAACGUCACACCAAAGUCCAAGCCUGGAGAACCAUUAGAUUCCCAUGCUAAAGAUGCCGGUAAGGUCUCAGUUUCGAAAGCGCGACCCCUUGAAGUCCACGGCCUGCGUAUUGUUGAGCUUACCGAGCGUACAUCGUCCGUAAUGAAAGUUACCGAGGGCGAUGAUUACGCUCGCCGCGAUCCUGUGGUCAAUGCAUUCCAAACAUUUUCUCGGCUUCAUGACGUGGCAGCAUCGGGCAAUGUAACAAUUGCUCCCGAGGACGCUUAUGCCCGAACGGUUGUUGAACAGGCUUCAAUCCAGGAGUCCGACUUUGUGCUUAUCCCGUGGAGUGAUGUUGGGAGCAACAAGGAUGAUUCAACCACUCCAUUCAAAGUCUCAGUUGAAGAUCGCUUUUCCGGAAAAGCACAUUUGGAUUUCAUCCGAACAGCGUUAGCCAAAGCCGUUUGCAAUACAGGUGUCUUCAUCGAUAAUAAAUUCAGCACUGCCUCGAAUAAAGGCCGGCCGACCCUACCUCGAACGAUCAGCAACGUCUCGAUGCGCAGUCAUCGAGAUGCUGUAGUUCCUCCUAUCACAGAUAAGUCUCAUAGGAUCUUCUUCCCUUACUUAGGCGGUGUAGAUGACCGAGUUGCUCUGCGGUUCGUUCUUCAACUUGCCAAAAACCCGCUUAUUACGGUUACAAUUGCCCACCUGAAUUUUGCUGAAGGGGAUGAUGAUAUCGUGGGCAUCUCUGAGGGGAACUUGGAUUCUGUCUCGCCGGAGUCCAUCUCUAAGGAUAUUAUCAACACAGAGAUAACAGCACAAGAUUCGUCUCUCAUAUCUACAUUACAAUCCAGCCUUUCUCCCGAACUAGUUAAUCGCGUCACAUUCACUGAAGUUUCAGUUACCGCCAGCUCAGCAGCGAGACAAGCCACCGAGUUGGCGAAGGAGAACGUCGGGAAGAAUUCGCGCAAUGCAGGGGACAUUGUCAUUGUUGGGCGUAGACAUCCUAAACUUCCUACUAGCUUAAGAGCAGUAGACCAGGGCACCACAGAAUAUGAGUUGCAGAAGACGAUAGGAGUAUUCGGUCAGUCUAUGGCUAUGAGCGAGCUCAAGGCUAGCGUGCUAGUCAUCCAGGCCGGAGGGUCAGGGCAUGAGCUUUGAUUUGAAUUGCUUCAGGCAUCAGAGAUCGUUCCAGUAUAGGAAUUUCGAUCUAGUUCUUUGGUUUAACUUAUAAUGAAUUGAUAUUGGGUCUCGGACUUUAGGCACUUGGAUAGAUGCUUUAGAAAAUGCAACGGUAAAGACGAGAUGACGGGUAUGAUGUACUAUCCGAAAUAUCUCAUUGGAUACCGAGAUAUGGCAUGCUUUGAUAGUAUUUAAUGAAAUAUUCGAUCAGUA